AGGAUGAACUGCAGGGCUGGACUGUGAAGGCUGCAUCCAUCUUCAUCUGGGUCACCCUCCUCCUCCUCCCGGUUCACUUAACAACACACUGUUUGAGUUGCUUUAUUGAAGGUUACUUCUGUUUCUCGUUCGUCGAAAUGGCGUCUAACGAUUAUUCCCAAACAUCUGGCCAGGGCUAUGGAUCCUAUGGUGGUAGUGGUGGUGGUGGUGGUGGAGGAGGGGGUGGUGGUGCUAUGGGCCAGGGCUAUGGUCAAUCAUCUGGCCAGAGCUACAGCCAGCAGGGCUACGGAGGCUACAACCAGAGCUCUGACAGCAGCCCCGGCUCCUACAGCCAGGCGGGAUACAGCAGCUACGGCCAAUCCCAGUCAGGAUACAGUUCUCCACCCUCUAACCAGGGUGGUGGUGGUGGUAGCGGUGGCGGCGGCGGCAGCGGCGGCGGUGGCUAUAAUCAGUCUUAUAGCCCUGGAGGCUAUAACAACAACAAUAACAACCAGCCCUCCAACAUGAGCUACAACCAGCAGUCCUCCUUCUCUGGGUACAGUCAGCAGCAGCCUCCUCCUCCUUCCUCCGCAGGAUACGAAGGUAACUCGCAGGCUUCUGGCUACAACCAGCCGGCCAGCGGUGGGCAGAGUGGAGGGGGUUACGGUGGCAGUGGAGGUCAGACUGGGGGCUACGGGGGCAGCGGGAGCCACCAACAGCCAUCCCAACACGGAGGAGGUCACUACAACCAGCCACCGAGCUACAACUCGCCCCCCCCACAGAGCUACAGCCAGCAGAGCCAGUAUGGCCAAGGUGGAGGGUAUGGAGACGAAAGCCCACCGAUGAGCGGAGGAGGUGGAGAAGGAGGUGGAGAUGGAGAAGGAGGUGGGGGGUACGGCGGUUCUGAUGGAGGUUACGGAGGUCAGGAUGGCCGCGGCGGCAGGGGACGCGGGGGUGGAUUUGGAGGUCGCGGUGGCGGUGGAUAUGAUCGCGGUUUUGACCGAGGAGGCCGAGGUGGACCAAGAGGAAGAGGAGGCAUGGGAAUGGGCGAUCGUGGAGGAUUCAAUAAGUUUGGUGGACCACGAGACCCGGGACACGGACCCGGAGGACCCAGCUUCAUGCAAGACCAGGAUAACUCUGAUAAUAACACCAUCUUCGUGCAGGGCCUGGGAGACGACUACACUGUGGAGUCAGUGGCUGACUUCUUCAAGCAGAUCGGGAUCAUUAAGAUCAACAAGAAGACGGGGCUGCCCAUGAUCAACCUGUACACAGACCGAGAGACGGGGAAGCUGAAGGGGGAGGCCACCGUGUCCUUCGAUGACCCCCCCUCAGCCAAGGCUGCCAUCGCCUGGUUCGAUGGUAAAGAAUUCAAUGGAAAUCCUAUCAAGGUUUCUUUUGCCACCCGCAGAGCCGACUUUGGAGGCCGAGGUGGCAUGAGGGGGGGCCGGGGACGAGGAGGGCCGAUGGCUCGUGGUGGAUUUGGAGGGGGUCGAGGUGGAGGUUUCCCAGGAGGCAAUGGGGGCAAUGGAGGCAAUGGAGGCAAUGGGGGCGGAGGAGGUGGAGGAGGUGGAGGAGGAGGUGGAGGAGGUGGAGGAGGACAACAGAGAGCCGGAGACUGGAAGUGUUCAAACCCUAACUGUGGCAACCUGAACUUCUCGUGGCGUAACGAGUGUAACCAGUGCAAAGCCCCGAAACCUGAAGACGGCGGAGCGAUGUCCCCGAUGGACCGAGGAGGUUACGGAGGAGGCGAGCGCAGAGGGGGGUUUGAGCGGGGCGGCUUCAGGGGCCGAGGUGGCGACCGCGGGGGCUUCAGAGGGAGCCGAGGAGGUGGAGGCGAGCGAGGAGGUGGAGGAGAGCGAGGAGGCGGAGGAGAGCGCGGAGGAUACGGCCCUGGGAAGAUGGACGCAAGGGGCGACCACAGACAGGAGCGGCGGGGCCGUCCCUACUGAGCCCUCCUGCCCCCCCGUCCGCACUGCGCCCAGCCUCACCUUUCAUCUUUUAUAACUCUGUUAACGUUGCUCCUUUUCAUUCAGUGUGUAGAAAUAUGUGACAAUCCCCGUUUUCUGUGUUCGCUUGUUCCUGACUGUCAGCGGGGCCUCGUCUAGAAAAACAUUCUGAGGAUCAAAUGCCAUCUUUUCAGUGUUUAUAUCUUUGCCAGAUAUCCGUCCAAAUGAUUGAGAUAUUUAAUUGGAGCCGUCAGAAACCUCCAAAGUCCAGUUGAAGCACAUUAUUAUCGGAAGCACUUAUAAUACGAGGGAGGGAAUAUUUCAAGUGUCAUGUCCCGUAGAUGUUGUGAGUUCAUCCACAUUGUGAGGUGACGUGUCAGCAUUUACAUGAAUUGAUCAUGACCUGCUGCACCUGAAUGAAUCUAAUCUGGUACUUUUAUCCUAUACAUAUAUGAACGAGUGAAUGUAUUGAAUCUGAACAUUUCUACAUGUAUCAUUAGAAUGAGGAAGUGAAAACAAAGGUACGCUGUGGCUCAGCCCUGCUUCUUAACGAACAACAGGUCUACAGCGUAAUGGAUGAUAUAUCUGACACUUUGAGUGUCUUUAUGUUCUCUUCACUUCAAGGUUUACAAACCUUUAGGCUCCUAAAGUUCCCGACUGAUAUAAAGAAAACAUGUUGAAGCCGCUCCUGCAGCCGUUUGUUGUUAAGGAAAUAAAAGCAGGAAGUAACUUUGUUUCAUACGGUGAGUUAUGUGUAAUUUCAGCCACACCUUUAACAAUUGAUACCAAUUUAAUUAAUACGUUGACUUCGCUCUCACGAGAAUUAAUUAAUAACUUUUUUCAAUGAGGUUUCUGCAGAUUCUAAAUGUUUUUGUCGAGACGAACUCUCACUUGUGUAUUUAUUAUUUAUUUAUGAGUUGUUUUUUUGUAUAGUGCAUGUGCUGGUUUUUAAAUUAAAGUGUUUCAAUAAAUACAAAACGAUG